AUGAAGGCCUGGAUGUACCACAGCGCCGGCGUCGGCUUCGAGAAGAAACUGACCCUGGAAACCGACGCCCGCGCGCCGCCCAGUCUCCGACCGGACCAGCUCCUCGUCCAGGUCCUGUCCGCCUCCAUCAACCCGGCGGAUUUCAAGGUCCCCGAGAUGGGCCUCAUGUCCAAGGUCAUCGUCUCGACGCCCGCCUCGCCCGGCAUGGACUUCUGCGGCCGCGUCGUCGUCACCGGCCCCUCCGUCACCAAGGUCACGCCGGGCCAGCUGGUCUACGGCACCACGGCGAUCCCCGUCCCGUUCGGCUCGCUGGCCGAGUACAUGGCCGUGGGGGAGCACAACGUCGCCGCGCUGCCGGACGGCGUGGACCCCGACCACGCGGCGACGCUGGGAGUGGCCGGCCUGACGGCGUACCAGGCCGUCGUGCCGUACGUGACGUCGGGCGACAAGGUGUUCAUCAACGGCGGGUCCGGCGGCUGCGGCAUCUUCGCCAUCCAGUUCGCGAAGCUGCUGGGCUGCCAUGUCACGGUGACGUGCUCGGGGCGGAACGCGGAGUUCUGCAGGGAGCUGGGCGCCGACGAGGUCAUCGAUUAUACGACCGAGGAUGUCCUGGCGGUGCUCAAGGGGAAGGGCCAGGUGUUUGCGCACGUCGUGGACCAUAUCGGUACGCCGGAGGCGCUGUAUCGGGAGUGCGACGCCUUCUUGCUACCCGGGAAGGCCUUUGUGCAGGUCGGGGCCUCGUCGAUGCUGAUCUUUGCCAGUCGGGUGGCGUGGCCGGGGUUCCUGGGGGGAGGUAAGAGAAAAUACGUUAUUCUGUUGUGCCGCAUGAGACCGGAUGAGCUGGCGCAGAUCGGCGAAUGGGUGCAUCAAGGGAAAGUGAAGGUGGUUGUGGACAGCACCUUUGAGUUCGGAGACGCUGUGCAGGCCUUCGAGAAGCUGCGUCUGGGCAGGACUAGGGGAAAGAUUGUGAUUCAUGUGUCCGAGAAGGCUUGA